AUGUCUAAGGUUUCGAAACAAACUGUUAGAGAGUCUGUUGAUACUUUGCUCAAGUACUCCAGAGAAACCAAGAAGAGAAACUUCUUGGAGACUGUCGAGUUACAGGUCGGUUUGAAGAACUACGACCCUCAAAGAGAUAGACGUUUCUCUGGUACUUUCAAGCUGCCAAAUGUCCCAAGACCAAACAUGACCAUCUGCAUUUUCGGUGAUGCUUUCGAUUGUGACAGAGCUAAGGGUUUGGGUGUCGAUGCCAUGUCCGUCGAUGAUUUGAAGAAGUUGAACAAGAACAAGAAGUUGAUCAAGAAGUUGGCCAAGAAGUACAACGCUUUCAUCGCUUCUAACUCUUUGAUUAAGAAGGUUCCUAGAUUACUCGGUCCUCAACUUUCUAAGUUGGGUAAGUUCCCAACUCCAGUUUCCCAUCAGGAAGACUUGGGUCAGAAGGUCAGUGACGUCAGAUCCACCAUCAAGUUCCAGUUGAAGAAGGUCUUGUGUAUGAAUGUCUGUGUCGGUAACGUUGAUAUGGAGGAGGACGUUUUGGUCGCUCAGAUUCUCUUGGCUAUCAACUUCUUGGUUUCUUUGUUGAAGAAGAAGUGGCAGAACGUUGGUUCUUUGGUCAUCAAAUCUUCUAUGGGUCAUCCAUUGAGAUUGUACUAA